CACAUAGGCCGAGAGGACUCAUGUGUGUCUACUGUCUAGAGACUUGGUCCACAGCAGUUGCCACUAAAAUAUUUGUGCUUUUAAGCCCUUAACGUCCCAAUGGAAGCACUAGCAGCAUGACUUCACAAGAGAACCUAUUCUAUGGAAUCAAAUGCGCAUGAAGCAGUUGUGGAUCAUACAGAUACAGUUUUAGUUUAUCAUACAAAAUAAUCCCCAACUUUCCUUUCUUCUUCCACGCCUCAUUGAUCCAUUUCUCAACCCCCACCCACCCACAAACCCUAGAAUUUCUGGAAUCCAAGUGGGGUCGGGUUCUAUUGGGGUUUUAACAUCUGAUCACAAUCAACUACCUUAUCCUUGACUUUCAAUCUUCCCCAUUAUUACCGUUGAACUGGAUAUAGAGGAGCACACAGUAGUUGGUGCUUUGUGUAUUUUCUGGGUUUACUUUACAAGUUCCUAUGACGAUCUUGACUGUAAAUACGCUCUUGAUUUGAGGGUUUUUGAGUUUUGACUUCGUUUAUUGAUCAUGGCUAGGCGACAUGGAUGGGAACUUCCUGCUCACACUUUUCAGGUUGUGGCUAUUACAGUAUACUUCUUACUAUCAGUUGCCUUCUAUGCAUUUUUCUCACCUUUUCUCGGAAAGGACAUCUACGAACAUGUGGCAAUCGGUGUCUACUCCUUCUUGGCUCUCUGUGUAUUUAUCCUUUAUGUAAGAUGCACAGCUAUCGAUCCUGCUGAUCCUGGCAUUCUAAUUGACCCAAACAGGGCAAUUGCAUCACCUUAUAGAUCCCAUAAUGGAACUGAAGUACCCGGAAAUGGAUCAUCUGUUGGAGAAGCUAGCAAGAUUGGGUUUCAGAAUGUUGGAAUAUAUGAUAAUGGUAGCUCAGGUUGUUGUUCAAAAGUUUGGGGAUUCUUUUGUGGUUGUAUUGUAAUAGAGGAUUGUAGAAAAGAUGAAGAUAUGCAACAAGGAGGGGAGGAAGAAGCUUUAUUUUGUACACUAUGCAAUGCUGAGGUGCGAAAGUAUAGCAAACACUGCAGAAGUUGUGAUAAAUGUGUUGAUGGGUUUGAUCAUCAUUGUAGGUGGUUGAAUAAUUGUGUAGGGAGGAAAAAUUACUUCACAUUCGUGUGCCUAAUGGCUGUAAGUGUUGUUUGGCUGACUUUUGAAUGUGGGGUCGGGAUUGCUGUUCUUGUUCGAUGUUUUGCUGAUAAAAAAUCUACAGAAAACCAGAUUGCAGAUCGCCUUGGAGAUGGAUUUAGUAGACCUCCAUUUGCAACUGUUGUGGCUAUAUGUACUGCUGUUUCUUUUCUUGCCACUAUUCCACUAUGCGAACUCUUCUUUUUUCACAUAAUCCUCAUCCAAAAGGGGAUCACAACAUACGAAUAUGUAGUUGCAAUGAGGACUCAAAGUGAGCCUCCAGGAGCAUCAAUAGAUGGAAUGGAUCAACAAAGCCUGCAAUCAUCUCCAACAAGCUCUGCAAUCACUGCCAUUAGUGGAAGAAGCUCCCAUGGCUUAAGCUUACAACACAAAGGUGCUUGGUGUACACCUCCAAGAAUCUUCAUGGAUCAACAGGAUGAAGUGGUCCCACAUCUAGAACCAGGGCGCCUACCAUCAACGGUUGAUCCGGACGCAGUUGACAACAAGGGUAAGAAUUUACCAAAACGCCCUGUGAGAAUCAGCGCAUGGAAGCUUGCGAAACUGGAUUCAAAUGAAGCAAUCAAAGCAGGGGCAAAAGCGAGGGCCUCAUCCUCUGUUUUGCGCCCUAUAGGAUCUAAAUACGAUCCUGAUCGUUUAUCAAGUAGCAAUGUGAGUGGGAGAAGCAGCCCUUCACAUUACAAAUUUCAUGAAAGGAGCCACUCAAAAAGCUCUUAUCCGCCUAGUCGUGCCAGCAGGGAUGAUGACGUGGAUACAUGUAAUCAUAGUGUUAGUAAUUUAAGUAGUCCGGCUCCUGGUAGAGACCAUUUUAACCCUGUGUACCAGUCUUCAGCGAAUCAGUCCCCAUGGUCAGGGAAAAAUGAGCCAAUGGUGGUGUCACACGUGGCACCUCCUCCUCCUCUUCCUCCUAGGAGAAACAACAACAACAAUAAUAACAACUUGGGUGUUGGUGAAAGUACGAGAUCGUCCUCGGUGUAUUGGGAUCAAGAAGCAGGGAGGUUUGUUUCUGCUUCAACUACAAGAAGCAUGGGUGGUGGCUCUUCCUCUCAGGCUUCGGGGUCGGAGCUUACGUAUACAGGACAGUCGAUAUUUUUUGGUGGGCCGCUAGUUGGUGGUGGUCGGGGCGGGACCGGGACCGGGCCGCCAGGUGGGGUGGCGGGUGGUGGUGGUCAGCGGGGGGCGGGCGCGUUGAGUUAUUAUCAGCAAGGUAGAGCGCAGAGAGGAGGGCAGCUACCGGUGUUUGUGCCGAAUGAGCAAAAUCAGACUCCUAGAUUAUAA